CGAGACUGAUGUUCUCCAGGACCAAUCGCCGCACGGAGCCGGCCGCAGGGACCAAUGGCGGGAGACCAGGGCGAGGUAGGGUAGGCAGCGGGCCGCCGGGUCUUCUUACCCGCUGCUCAGCUCCGCCGGCUGCGGCUGAGUCAUGGCGCAGAGCGGGAUGGGAGGGGCCGCGCGGUGACCUACGGCGGACCGAGCCGGCGAGCUCGGAGCAGGCUGAGACCGCCCUCGCCGGGCAGCUAAGAGCCGCGGGCAGCGCAGCGAAGGUCGCAAGUGUCACUCUGGACGCAAGAAGUGCGCUCGCCUCGGUUUGCCUUAAAAUAGGGUUUGAGUUUCCCCGCCAGCGUGCGGUCUUGGGUAGAGCUACACGGAAAAGUCAGUUCCCACCCCGCGCGCUCGGCUGCUCCAGCCCAACCCAGCCCUGGGAGCUGUCCCCAGCAGGAGCAUCCGAGCCGCCUGCCCGCUAAGGGUCGGCCUGCGCCUCGCCUGGCAGCAAGACUAAUCGCGGAAAAAAAGCUGCCUACUCAAGCAACAUGAAAAUUUUAUUUGUCGAACCUGCCGUUUUCUUUACUGCAUUUGCUAUGAGUUUGACCACCCCACUGACAACACAGUACCUGUAUAGGAGAAUAUGGGAAGAAACAGGCAACUACAGUUUUGCAUUUGAUAGCAAUAUUUCUAAGUGCGAACAAAACGAAAGCAGCACACUUACUGCAUUCCAGAAGGAAGUUCAGAAAAAAGCAUCUCUUUUUAAUCUGCAGAUGGAGAUGAGUGGGUUAAUUCCUGCCCUGGUGUCUACAUUCUUUCUUUUGUCUAGUAGUGAUCAGCGUGGACGAAAAUUCCCUAUUAUUCUAUCUUCUAUUGGUAUUCUUGCCAGUAAUAUUUGGCUGUGUUUGCUUUGCUAUUUUGCUUUUCCACUCCAGCUUUUGAUAGCCUCUACCUUUAUUUGUGCUCUUUUGGGGAAUUUCAACACAUUUUGGUCAGCUUGUUUUGCCUAUGUAGUUGAUCAGUGUAAAGAAGACAAACAAACAAUUCGAAUCGCUAUAGUUGACUGCAUGAUUGGAAUUGUUUCUGGGUUAACAGGGCUGUCAUCUGGCUAUUUUAUUAGGCAACUAGGUUUUGUGUGGUCAUUUUUAAUUAUUGUUAUAGCUCUUGUUAUUAAUUUGGUUUUUAUUAUAUUUUUCCUUGGUGAUUCAAUAAAAGAGUCUUCGUCUCAGAAUGUUACUAUGUCAUGUGCUGAAAGCUUUAAGAACCAGUUUCAGCGAACUUACAUGCUUUUUAAAAAUGCUUCUGGUAAGCAGCGGUCUUUGCUGUGUUUGUUACUUUUUACAGUGGUCAUUUAUUUUUUUGUGAUAAUUGGCAUAUCUCCAGUUCUUAUCAUUUAUGAAUUGGGUUCCCCGCUCUGCUGGAAUGAAGUUCUUAUCGGGUAUGGGUCAGCUUUGGGUAGUGUCUCCUUUUUUAGUAGUUUCCUUGGAAUAUGGCUUUUUUCUCACUGCAUGGAAGAUAUUUAUAUUGCCUUCAUUGGAAUUUUUACCACCAUGACAGGAAUAGUUAUGACUGCUUUUGCCAAAACUACGCUGUUGAUGUUUUUAGUCAGAGUGCCGUUCUUUCUUGUCAUUGCACCGCUGUCUGUUUUACGAUCCAUGUUGUCAAGAGUGGUUCCUUCUACUGAACAAGGCCCAGGUGUCAGCUCUCUUUUGGGCUACCUGGUGGUUCCAGCCAGCCCCACAGUGACCAGGUGGGCACCGCACUUCCCCACUCAGUGGCUCUGUCCCCUGUGGCUAAGAGACUGAAAAUUGCACUUGGCCUCCUGAAGGCUGUGACCUAGCCAGCCGUACCUGGGGGAAGACCACCCCUGAGGCAGUCAAGUCCUGCGGCCCAGAGGAAGGGCCAAAUGUCUCUUAAUCUCCAGUGAAAAGAAAUGGUUUUCUGACACACACUGUGAUGAACCAUGAAAUCGUUAUAUACACUAAAUGAAAAAGCUUAGUCACAAAAUGCGAUAUAUAUUGUAUAAGAAUUUGAUUCCUUUACUAUGAAAUGGCCAGGAUGGGAAAAUCUGAAGAGACAGAAAUGAGAUCAGGGCUUUCCAGGGCAGGAUAGUGGAAGAGUAACUGCUAAUAGAGACAAGAGUUUCAUUUUUCUGUUGUUGUUUUGUACCAGGGAUCUAACUCAAGACUUGGUGCUUACCAGGCAGGCACUUAUGCUGCUGAGCUAUCUCCCUGGCCCUAGAGUUUCUUUUGGGGUGAUGGAAAUACUACACAGAGUGGCAGUGAUUGCCCAACUCUGUGAAUGUACUAAAGGCUACUGAAGUAUGUACUUUGAAAGAGUGGGUUUUGUGUUAUGUAAAUUAUAGCUCAAUAAAGUUAUUAGGAAACAAUUACCUGCUUUGACUUAGAAGUUA